AUGGAUGGAGACCUCGAGCGAGCGGAACCUAGUACUAGUGCCCAGCACACAAAUGAUGAUGACCGACGUGAAGAGCAUGUCCGCGUCAUGACUAGAAAUGAUUCAAAGAAUGUCGCAACAAUGUCAAGAGAUAGCUCAGCGCUUGUGGCAGUGUGGAUGCAACGACUCCAAAUGCUCACCAUUAUAACGACAUUUCUCGCUUCAAUCGAUGGAGAACUUUUCGUGCUUACCUCCACGCCGUCACAGCCGACACUUGAUGCCCAGGAAUUUGUUUAUGCGUGUUUUACUGGCGCCCUCGUUUUCCAUGUUUGUGCUGCGAUUCUGGGAUAUGUGGCAUCUUUUGCUCUCAUUCGGUAUCAGAUUGGUGAUGUAGCUUCUUCUGAUACAAAGAACACCGAGCGAAUGCUUAUGACCACCCCUCCUUUUGAUGCCGCUAACACCCUUCUUCAGAUGCCAUUGAAUUCGGGGAUCCAGGUUAGAUCAAGAACGUCCAUUCCUCCACUGGAUCUCCUGACCCGGUGCUAUUUUACGACUUUGGCGCUAGGUAGUGUUGGCUUUAUUUUAGUACUUCUUGGUAUCGCUGGUUACGCAUGGGUGAUACUGCGGCAGGCUGUAGGGAUAUUCACGAUAGUUUGUCUUGGUGUUAGCGUCGUGGCGUCUGUGUGGGCGGUGCUAUAA